AUGUACGACGCAGUGGUCCUCGGCGCUGGCGUCUACGGCCUCUCCAUCGCGACCGAGCUCACCAACCGCGGCCUCAAGGUCGCCGUCGUCGCGCGCGACCUCCCAGAGGACCUCACUAGCACCGGGUUUGCUUCUCCUUGGGCCGGCUGCAACUGGUGCUCGUUUGAAACCGACGGCAACACCCCGGCUGCCGAGUGGGAUGCCAUCACGUUCAAGGCACUCGGACGCCUGGCGGAAGAGUACCCGAACAUGUGCAAGAAGAUUCCCUUCUACGACGUCUGGACAAAGGACUUGGGACUGCCUUGGUACGCGGACCUAGUGUUCAACGAGGGGUACGAAGCGCCUUCCCUUCCACCGUGCAUCACUUGUUCUGCCACAAGACUACAGCAUUGCUCACACACCCAGGCCGAGCUGCUCAAGGGCACCCCGUCCAAGCCGCUCCCCGGCGGCUUCCCGCACGGCGUCAAGUUUGAGUCGUACAUCCUCCACGCACCCGACUACCUCGCGCACCUGGCCAGCGGCCUGCGUUCGCGCGGCGUGCCCAUCAUCCGCCGCCGCCUCGCAUCCCUCGACGAAGCAUACGACCUGCCCGAGGUGGGCCGCGUCGACCUGGUCGUCAACGCCCUUGCGCUGGGCAACAAGACGCUUAUCGGCGUCGAGGACGACAACAUGUACCCGGCGCAGGGCCAGACUGUGCUCGUCCGCGCGCCGCUCGUAAACACAUGCACCAUGUCCACGGGCGACACCGUCAAGAGUGCGCGCACCGCCGCCAACGACGAUGCCAUCGCGUACAUCAUCCCCCGGCCAGGGCCCGACGGCCACGUCGUGUGUGGCGGCACGUACAACCGCGACAACUGGAUCACGCAGCCGUCCAUGGCCGAGGCUGAGCGCAUCCUGCGCGCGUGCUAUGCGCUCGACCCGCGCCUCGCGGGCCCGAACGGCACCAGCUGGAAGGACAUUGAGGUGGUCGCGCACAACGUCGGCCUGCGGCCGUCGCGCGACGGCGGCGUCAGGCUCGAGCUCGAGCACCGCGAGCUCGUGGGUGCCGGCGAGAAGAGCGUCGCGCUCGCCCCGACAUCACGCUCGUCCCAGGGCCACCGCCAGGUGGCCGUCGUCCACGCGUACGGUCCCGGCGGUACCGGAUACCAGUCCAGUAUCGGGCUGGCCACCAAGGCCGCCGACAUUGUCAUGGGCCAGGUCAAGAACGUUCCCCCUAGGGCCAAGCUCUAG